AUGCACUCUUCGAAGGCCAACUUGACGAAGGAAGAAGGCCUCUACGCCGAUCUUCAGAAGCGAGUGCAGAAGGAGAUCGCACGGCUCACGGACCAGCAAUUGGCCGCGGACAAGCGUUUGAGGGAACUCCAGGCAGCUAAAGACAAGAAGCAGGAGCAGGUGGACAAGCUACGAGAGGACGCUGUCGAGCGCGGAAGCAUUGCCAGGAAUGCUUCUGAGGAGGCGGACGUUGUGCAAGCUAAUUUGGCGGAGGCGGAGGGCCUGGUGAACAAGCACCGGCGCCUAGCCGAGGCAUCCGAGAAGGCCUUCCUGCAGGCCAAAAUGGAUGUCGACCACGCUGAGAGGCAGUGCUUGGACUCUGAGCACGAGGUGGCUGAGAAGAACGAGCUGAAGCUACGUGUACUGGCGGCGCGCAAUGCCUUGCAGAAUUUCUACGACAGCAUGGACAACCUCUCGCGAUCGCUUGAGCCGAAAAUUGUGGACCCUGAAGUCAAGGCCUACGAACUUCUGCGCAAGGACCCUCUUGCUGUCGGAGCCAUGCAAAGCUACAAUGAUGUGACCAGCAGCUUCAGGCGGCUCUUCGUCAAGUCCAAGGAGACCUACUCCAUUGUGGUUGGAAGCAUCCCAGAAAUUCAGAGCAAUGCUGAGGCGGCGCUUCGACUGCUUUGCGAUCCGUUUGAACUUCUCGAAGAGGAAGCCCGGCGCACGGGCAACUUCAACCUCUUCGACGAGAAGUGCGGAACGGGGCUAUGGGUGGACCUGAAGAUGGAGAGGUCCUCCUUCCCCAAUUUGGAGGAUGCAGAUGCGGAACCGGAGAGGGAGGAGUCGAUAGAAGCCAUGCACGAGGAGGACGAUGAGGGCUCUGAGCGGCCAGGCGAAGAGCCGGCAAUGCCCAGCGCGGGUUUGCCACCUCCGCCCCUGAAUCGCAUGCCUUCCAAGACCACGCCAGCUCCCGGCGACGAGCAUGCCUUGUCCCACUGA